GCGACCUGCAAACUCAAAACAAGCCUGUAAGACAGCAAAACCUCUCCAGGAAAACAUCCAGAAGAGCUCUUGGGAAAGACCUGCCCAGUGUCAGAAAAAUGUCCUGUGCAGUCUUGCUGGAUGGCAACGCCAAACCGAAGUCCAUGAGCCGAGCUAAGCAAUGGACGGAUGAGGUGGAGAACCUCUACAGAUUUCAACAAGCUGGAUACAGGGAUGAGAUGGAAUAUAGGCAAGUCAAACAAACAGAGAUCGACCGGUGGCCAGAAACAGGGUUUGUGAAGAAACUUCAGAGACGAGACAACACAUUUUAUUACUAUAACAGAAAGCGAGAGUGUGAGGACAAAGAAGUCCACAAAGUCAAGGUGUACGCAUACUGACACCACCAGCACUUCUUUUUUCAGUCGUUUCUCCUGCUGCUUUUUUCUUUGCACUUUUUUUUAACAGCAGACAGCAGUCAUUAAUGUCUUAAUCUCAGUAGGUAAUCAUCUGAAUGGUCUGAUGUGAAUAAACUGUAUGCAGCAUG